AGCUGCAGUAUAAGGAGUAGGGGCAGGGAGGAGGCCUCUGGGAAGGCAGGGGAGUCUGGGAAAGGAGAGAGGCGGCUGCAGACCUAGAAGGAGUGAGAACCAGAAGGAAGAAGGAAGAAGAGAACGGAGGCGGGCACACAGACACAGAGACGGGAAAGGGCCAACAGAAGGAAACUUGGGUGGGGAAAGACACUUAGGAGGGAGAAGGAGUGAGGCAGAGAUGAAGUUCCAGGGGUCCCUGGCCUGCCUCCUGCUGGCCCUGUACCUGGGCAGUGGGGAGGCUGGCCCGUUGCUAGGUGGAGGGGCAAGCGCUGGAACAGGUUUUGGGGAAGCUGCUGGACAGGCGGUGGGAGAUGCCAUUGGUCAUGGGAUCAGGGAGGCCAUUGGCCAAGGGGCUGGAGAGGCAGCCCACGCUCUUGGGAACACUGGGAGCGAGGCUGGCACACAGACUGAGAACGUUAUUCGACACGGAAUAGAUGCUGCCCACAGCUCCUGGCAGGGGAUGCCUGGCAGCAACAGUGCUUGGGGAACCAAUGGCCAGCCUCCAUCUGGAGGCCACGGCACCUUUGGUUCUCAGGGUGGCCUCAGAGCCCAAAGCCAGGGCAAUCCCUGGAUCCAUGGAGUCUCUGGAGGCUCAGGGGGCAGCUUUGGAACCAACUCUCAAGGAAGCUCCUGGGGCCAAGGAGGCAAUGGAGGGCCAUACAACGUGGGGACCAACGCUCAGGGAGCUGUGGCCCAACCUGGUUAUGGCUCCGUGAGGGGCAACGGCAAUCCGAACACGGAGUGCACCAACUCUCCGCCCUCCAGCUCCGGGGGAAGCUCCAGCAACUCUUGGGGAAGCAGUGGCGGCAGCAGUGACAGUGGCGGUGGCAGCAACAGCGGCAGCAGCGGUGGCAGCAACAGUGGCAGCAGCGGUGGCAGCAACAGUGGCAGCAGCGGUGGCAGUGGCGGCAGUGGCGGCGGCAGUGGCAGCAGUGGCGGCAGCAGUGGCAGCAACAGUGGCAGCAACAGUGGCAGCAGCAGUGGCGGCGGCAGAGGCAGUGGCGGCAGCAGUGGCAGUGACGGCAGCAGUGGCGGCAGCAGCGGCAGCAGCGGUUCUGGGGGCAACUGGGAACACAGUGGCAGCUCUUCCUCAGGAAGCAGUGGAGGGAGUGGUGGUGGAAACAAACCCGGGUGUGACAACCCAGGAAAUGAUGUCCGAGUGCCUGGAUCUGGGGCUCAGGAAAUAAGCAGGGAAGGUAGUCGCCUCGUUGGAAACUCCCAAGGCAAUUAUCAGGGGCAAGGGUCCAGUGGGGGAGGUGAAGCUGUCGGUGGAAUCGAUAAUUUGAACUCUCAGACAUCUCCUGGGCUCUUCAACUUCGACACCUUCUGGAAGAACUUUAAAUCCAAGCUGGGCUUCAUUAACUGGGAUGCCAUAAACAAGGGCCAAGUCCCAUCCCCCAGCACUCGAGCCCUCCUCUACUUCAGUCGACUCUGGGAGGAUUUCAAACACAAUACUCCUUUUUUGAACUGGAAAGCCAUUAUUGAGGAUGACUAUUCCUCAUCAUCACUUCAGAAGAGGGCAGGCAAUGCUGGUCAGCCUGGUGCAGGAUGGCCAGAGGUAGCGGCUGUAACUUCUAAGAACUACAAUUAUAACCAGCAGGCAUAUCCUACUGUCUCUGGCGGGCAGUACUCCGCCAAGGGCCCCGCUAAGGGGGGAGUCACGCUUUCUUCGUCGGCUUCCCGGGCGCGACCUGGCCUGCUGCAGUGGGUGAAGUUCUGGUAGAAAAUUACUCUCAACUAUGCCUGAGACCCUGAGAAACAUCAGUCAUCAAGGAGCCCGACCGCGCCCCUCCCCCAGCUCUCCCUCCGGGCCAGGCCUGGUCUGGGCGUUGACACCUGCUCUUUCUAGGUUGGGGACCUGGUCUGUCUGUCCUUUGUUUCCUCUCACCCAUGUGGUGAUUUCUUGACCACCAGCCUCAUCGAAUAAACCAGCCACUUUCUCUACCUGCUCCACGUGUGACCUGAAGUCACGGGCCGUCUUUCGGGGAGGUGGGGAGGGAGGGCUUCCCAAUUUGAGUUUCUCUGUGGCAAUAAAACAUGAAUCUUUUUUCUCUAA